GGAAAGUCGUUCUAGCUAACUUCCGCCGGUGCACAAACGCAUGCUUUCCGCCGCAUCUUUCUCAAACGUGAACCAUACGAAGAGACGCUGCUGUCGUCGUUAUUAAGCUGAAUUAAAGGAAUAAAUCAUGAGCAAAGCACAUCCACCAGAGCUUAAAAAGUUCAUGGACAAGAAACUUUCAUUGAAGCUGAAUGGGGGCAGACAUGUGCAGGGCAUCCUGAGAGGGUUCGACCCCUUCAUGAACUUGGUCAUGGACGACUGCUUGGAGAUGGCACCCGGGGGACAGCAGAACGGCAUCGGCAUGGUGGUGAUCAGAGGCAACAGCAUCAUCAUGCUUGAGGCCCUGGAGAGGGUGUGAGGACGCCCUUGAUGCCCCGCCCUAGACGCCCCGGAUUCCCCGCCCCAGACCCCCCGCCUGCUGACCUACAGCUUUACUCCUCCUCUCCUUCCUAACCUGCUUCACCUCCUUCUUUCAUUCUUAGGAAGGUUGUUUAGUUAUCUGAUGGUAGUUGUUUGUUUUUUGUUGUUGUUUUUUUUAUAAGAAUCUUACAUUUUUGAAAGGUUGGAAUUUGUGAUAUCUCUUGUGAAUAAAGUUGAAGGUUGGUUUUUC